AUGUACAUUCCUCGUGCAAUCGCGGCUGCCGCCACCCUCGCCUCCGGCGUUCUCGUCCCAUUGUACAUCGACCCUCUAUCAGGGCCCGGCUGCACUCCCUGGGUACCACUCAUCAAUACCAUCAAGGCGCACCCCACCGUCCCCUUCUGGCUCAUCAUCAACCCUAAUAGCGGACCAGGAAAGAGCGGAAGCCAAGCCCCAGCCGAGUACCAGCAGUGUAUCCCAAAGCUGCGCGCCUCGAACGUCGUCGUGCUCGGGUACGUCCCGACAUCCUACGGCGCUGCCAAGAGGAAGGCGGGCGUGACGACGGACGUCAACACCUACGCGGGCUGGAAGGCGGCGUACAAACCGGACGGCAUCUUCUUCGACGAGGUGUCCGGAGAUAGCGUUGACUUGUCGACGUACACGACGUUCGCGUCGCGUGCGCGGUCGCUGUUCAAGAGCGGCAAGGGAUUCGUAUCCCUGAACCCUGGUGCCGCACCGAGUUCGACCAAGUAUUACGGCAUCGCGGACCUGCUGCUCACGGCGGAGAACUUCUACAGCGACUUCAAAGCCAGCAUGUUGUCGCUGGGCUCCUCAAAUCCGGCCACAAAGCAGGCCGUGGUGCUUACGGAUGGACCGUCCACGCCCCCGACGUCGCUGAUCUCGACACUCGUCACGCAAGACCAUGUGAAGGCGUUUUACGUGACGACGGACUCGCAAGCAAACGGCGCAAACCCGUACGACAACCUCCCGACUGACCUAGAGAGUUUUGUCGCCGCCAUUCAGUCAGCACAAGCCUGA